AUUAGUAGUACGUGUGUCGGCAUGAUGAAACCCGUGUUUAGACCGAACACAGCGCCCGCUUGAUGGUCCACAAGGUGAGUAGGUGAAAGGUGACCCCGGUUGUACGUCGCGGGGGGCGUGUCGUGACGUCAUGGAGGAAGGUUGCGAUCUGAACAUCCGAAUUUUACAGUAGAGUCCAGACUGAACCAGAACUCAGAAAGUUUCUCAGCUGCGAGACAUCGCACACCGGACACUCAGCGAAUUAACCCGACGCGUAAUUAGGGUGAUAAACGCUCUUAACCUUGAUUGACCUUACGCCUGCUGUAAGUAAACACACGGCGCUUAAGUCCAGUCGCAUAUGUUGGCUGCAGGCGACUGAACGACAGAUUUGCGAACCGGAUCGACGCUGUUUAUUUCCAAGGUGGCUGCGUCAAGAGAGCUCCGUCCUGAAGGGGGAUCGCGUGACGUUUUCUGGCGUGCAUAUAAUCGUGACAUUCGCACUGACCGAUCCGUAGACCUCGCGUGGAUCUAUCGUGCCGCAGAGGUUCUUCAGAAACCGUCUCUCACAUGAUGUACACAAUAACCAGAGGUCCCAGCAAACUUGUUACACAACGGAGAACAGGCCCUACGCAACAGAUUGAGAGCAAAGCCAACGACCUGAAACAGAAGCAAAGCCCCUGGCUUGCAUCGGAUUCACCAGCACCGAAGAUUGUAUUUAACCGGCUGAACGGAAAGCGGUACCACAGAUCCACCUCUCCAAAAGCUGCCAGUACUACUGAAGGAUUCACCCCAGCACACGAGGAGAAUGUUCGAUUUGUUUAUGAGGCUUGGCAAGAGGUGGAACAGAAGCUUGGAGAGGGAUCCCAGCCGGAGAACGGGAAAGGCCCGGUGCAGUACGCUGAAAGAAGCCCCAAUCCCGGCAUGAAAAAUUUUGUGCCUAUUGAUCUUGAGGAGUGGUGGGCCCAGCGUUUCCUGGCCAACAUUGUUAACCUGUCAUGACAGGUGCAUGAUGGGGCAUGAGAUGUGGCUGAGUGGUCCUGACUGAGGCAGUGCAGCCUGACUCUCCUGAUGAGCUCAGGUGAUAAUGUGAGAGAUUCGCACGCUGUGUGAAUUCAGCCCUUCCUGUGGAACUGUUUGCCCAGCCGGACACAGAUUCUCUCUCGUGCACACGGAAGAUGAUCAGAGAUUUUUCUUUCUUUGUUAGAAUGUGAGAUGUCUGUUUUUCUCCACAGAUCUUUGCAAAAAAAGUGAUGUUAUAAAACAAACAAAAAAAUUCCAGUAAAAAUUUUUCAAGA